GCGUCACGGCGCCCCGCCGCCAGGGUGGCCUUUCGGAAAGCGAGGGAACAGUGCGCGCCGCGCUCCGCCCAGCUCCGUUCCGCUCCGCAGAGCCGGCGCGACUAGGGCGCAGGGAGGGCAGCGCUCGGCGCGGGCCUUCUCAGCCGCGGGACCAGGGUCCCCGGGCCGCUCCUCAGAGCCCGGAGCGCGCGGCGCGGCGGGCUGGGAGCCGGUUCGGGACUGGCAGCGAAGGAACGACCUAGGAAGAAGAGGAGUGGCGUGCGCCGGCGCGCGGCACCAGGUCCCCCCCUCCAACAACAACAACCUCGGCCGGGGCCUGCCACUGCCAAUUCGGACUGCCGUAGGACGGGCUGUGCGCCCUCGACCCGUCGGGAACCGCAGCCACUCGGCCGGAGCGCAGGGACCGAGUUCGCGCGGCGGCCCACGACGCCGGACAGGUCCCUGGAUGAGAAGGAGCUGACGGCGGCUGGGUCCCACCUUCUCUGUGCUCGGGGGAGCAGGGCUGCGUGGCCCAGGUGGCACUAAUGCCGAAGAACAGCAAAGUGACCCAGCGGGAACACAGCAAUGAGCAUGUCACCGAGUCGGUGGCCGACCUGCUGGCCCUCGAGGAGCCCGUGGACUAUAAGCAGAGCGUGCUGAAUGUGGCCAGUGAGGCGGGCAGCAAGCAGAAGGCAGCGGAGGAGGAGCUGGACGCCGAGGACCGGCCGGCCUGGAACAGCAAGCUGCAGUACAUCCUGGCCCAGAUUGGCUUCUCUGUGGGCCUCGGGAACAUCUGGAGGUUCCCCUACCUGUGCCAGAAGAAUGGAGGUGGUGCGUACCUGGUGCCCUACCUGGUGCUGCUGAUCAUCAUCGGGAUCCCCCUCUUCUUCCUGGAGCUGGCCGUGGGCCAGAGGAUCCGCCGGGGCAGCAUCGGGGUGUGGCACUACGUGUGCCCCCGCCUGGGUGGCAUCGGCUUCUCCAGCUGCAUUGUCUGCCUCUUUGUUGGGCUGUACUACAACGUGAUCAUUGGUUGGAGCAUCUUCUACUUCUUCAAGUCCUUCCAGUACCCGCUGCCCUGGAGCGAGUGUCCUGUUGUCAGGAACGGGACCAUGGCAGUGGUGGAGGCAGAGUGUGAGAAGAGCUCAGCCACCACCUACUUCUGGUACCGGGAGGCCUUGGAUAUCUCCGACUCCAUCUCCGAGAGCGGCGGCCUCAACUGGAAGAUGACCCUGUGCCUCCUCGUGGCCUGGAGCAUCGUGGGCAUGGCUGUGGUGAAGGGCAUCCAGUCCUCAGGGAAGGUGAUGUACUUCAGCUCUCUCUUCCCCUACGUGGUGCUGGCCUGCUUUCUGGUCCGGGGGCUGCUGCUGCGAGGGGCGGUAGACGGCAUCUUGCACAUGUUCACUCCCAAGCUGGACAAGAUGCUGGACCCGCAGGUGUGGCGGGAGGCGGCCACACAGGUCUUCUUCGCCCUGGGGCUGGGCUUCGGCGGCGUCAUUGCCUUCUCCAGCUACAACAAGCAGGACAACAACUGCCACUUCGACGCCGCCCUGGUGUCCUUCAUCAACUUCUUCACCUCGGUGCUGGCCACCCUCGUGGUGUUCGCUGUGCUGGGCUUCAAGGCCAACAUCAUGAACGAGAAGUGUGUGGUCGAGAAUGCCGAGAAGAUCCUGGGGUACCUCAACUCCAACGUCUUGAGCCGGGACCUCAUCCCGCCCCACGUCAACUUCUCGCACCUGACCACCAAGGACUACGCGGAGAUGUACAACGUCAUCAAGACCGUGAAGGAGGGCCAGUUCUCAGCCCUGGGCCUGGACCCCUGCCUCCUGGAGGACGAGCUGGACAAGUCCGUGCAGGGCACAGGCCUGGCUUUCAUCGCCUUCACCGAGGCCAUGACGCACUUCCCCGCCUCCCCGUUCUGGUCAGUCAUGUUCUUCCUGAUGCUCAUCAACCUGGGCCUGGGCAGCAUGAUCGGGACCAUGGCGGGCAUCACCACGCCCAUCAUCGACACCUUCAAGGUGCCCAAGGAGAUGUUCACAGUGGGCUGCUGUGUCUUUGCAUUCUUCGUGGGGCUGUUGUUCGUCCAGCGCUCCGGAAACUACUUCGUCACCAUGUUUGACGACUACUCGGCCACCCUGCCGCUCACUGUCAUCGUCAUCCUUGAGAACAUCGCUGUGGCCUGGAUCUACGGCACCAAGAAGUUCAUGCAGGAGCUGACGGAGAUGCUGGGCUUCCGGCCCUACCGCUUCUAUUACUACAUGUGGAAGUUUGUGUCUCCACUGUGCAUGGCUGUGCUCACCACAGCCAGCAUCAUCCAGCUGGGCGUCACACCCCCUGGCUACAGUGCCUGGAUCAGGGAGGAGGCUGCCGAGCGCUACCUGUAUUUCCCCAACUGGGCCAUGGCGCUGCUGAUCACCCUGAUCGUCGUGGCGACACUGCCCAUCCCGGUGGCGUUCGUGCUGCGGCACUUCCACCUGCUGUCCGACGGCUCCAACACCCUCUCGGUGUCCUACAAGAAGGGCCGCAUGAUGAAGGACAUCUCCAACCUGGAGGAGAACGACGAGACUCGCUUCAUCCUCAGCAAGGUGCCCAGCGAGGCGCCCUCCCCCAUGCCCACCCACCGCUCCUAUCUGGGGCCUGGCAGCGCGUCGCCCCUGGAGACCAGCGGCAACCCCAACGGACGCUACGGGAGCGGCUACCUCCUGGCUGGCACCCCUGAGUCAGAGCUGUGACCACUGCCCCAUCCUGCCCCCACUGCCUCUCCCCUCGUGCCCAACCUGCCCCCCUGUGUGGGCCUGGUCUCUUCCUCCAAUGUGGGCACCAGGCCCACUGCCCAAGGAAAGGGGGGCUGUCCUGCCCAUUGCCCACCCCAGCCCUGGCAGACCCUGCUCUCUAAUCCUGAGCAGGCGCAGGGAGCAGCUCCGUUCCUUAUCCAGGCCCCUGACCCAUCUGCCCCGCUGAGGGCCUCUCACCAAAUUGUAGCCAUGCAAGGUGGGCAGUCCAGCAGUCCUGGCUCCCAGUGGAGGUGGGGGCGGGGCUCCAAGUGGCCCCUGAGGAGCCACGCCACCCUCUCCCUCUCCCUCUCCCUGCACCUGCCACUUGUGGUUCUCAGAUCUGGAGGGGACCCCUGAGCUGCCAUUGUGAUGGGGGGUGGGGUGCAGAGAGGUGUCCGCUGGCCCGGGAUGAGCACAGGGACCAUCACCCUGCCCAUACCUGGCUGGAUUACUCCUGGGCCGAGAGGCUGCUUAACUGGCCGGGGGUGGGGAUGGGCGUGCCAGGGGGUGGGGCUCAGGCUGGAGAGUCAGAGUGCAGAAGCCAGGUUCUGUCCUUGCCCACCUCUGUGGGGGCUUGGCUUCCUCCCCGUCCCUGCCCCCAGCCUGGAGCCCAAGAGAGGAGAGGUUUCCAAAGCACAGAGUGAUGGUUCCGAGCACAGCACAGAUGUUUUGCAGCACAACUGUGAAGCACACGCCCCCUGCCCUCACCAGGCCCCAUUUUCUCUCUAGUGGCAGCUUCCCCUGGAACAGGGAGUCCUGGAGUUUUCAGGGGCUCAUCCCAGGAAGCCUCACUCCUGGGGAAAGACAGAUUUUGGGGUCCCAUCCUUUCUUCUUGUUGCACAAGCACAGACCCCCGGUGUGCACCUGACGCACGAGCACGUUGGGAAUGUUUCCCAAGCCUCCCUGGCCUGCGCUGGGCAGUGCUGUGUGCUCAGGAGGCUGCCCAGGCCAAAGGUUCAGUUUCUGCCCCGAGGCCUGGCACCUGCAGGGGACUACACUUAGCAGCAUCUUCACUCACUCAUACUUUCAGGGCCUCCCCUGGGGCAGGGGCUGCCCUUGGAGAGCGUCUGGGAAGAUUCAGAACCUGACUUGAGAGGAAGCAUCUGUGGAGAGAUAGAUGGAUGGAUGGACAGGCGGAUGGGUGGGCUGAUGGAUGGAUGGACAGAUGGAUGGGUGGGUUGAUGGAUGGAUGGACAGGUGGGUGGAUGGAUGGAUGGAUAGACGGAUGGGUGGGCAGAUGGAUGGAUGGACAGAUGGAUGGGUGGGUUGAUGGAUGGAUGGACAGAUGGAUGGGUGGGUUGAUGGAUGGGUGGGCUGAUGGAUGGAUGGACAGGUGGGUGGAUGGAUAGACGGAUGGGUGGGCAGAUGGAUGGAUGGAUGGACAGAUGGACAGGUGGGUGGAUGAAUGGGUAGAUGGAUGGAUGGGUAGGUAGGUAGAUGGAUAGAUCGAUGGAUGGAUGGAUGGGGGAAGGAAGACAGGAAGGAAAGAAGUUAAAAAGGGAAGAAGGAAGGAGAGGAGAGGGGAGACAGGCCAGCUCCACCUUUGAGAGCUCUGGUGGGCAGGGCCAGCACAGGCCAGUGCCAGGCCGGGGCUCCUCACUAAGGGCACAGCUGUGGCUCUGACUUCUGUCAGCACCAGGAGGGAGAGACGAGGCCCAGCCCAGAGUCCCUUGCCCCACUCGCCUAGCCCGGGAGGGUUUGUGCCCCCCCAUCACCCUGCUCCUCCUUCCCCCAUACCUUCCUUCCCCCCUCCAGCCCUCUCAGCCUCACCUGUCCAUCCUGAGUAUUGGGGAAGGGGAAAAGGGUCACCACACUGCCUUGGAGCGCUGUCUCCUGCUGUGGGCCCCUCCCUCACCUGCCAACACCUCCCACCGGGCCCCACGCCUAAUCCCGGCAGAAUUAGCAACAGGAAAAGCAAGGCAGCGGGAGAGACUCUGCUAUGUAUACUCUUCGCUAUAUUCUAUUUCUAUUGUAUAUUCAAUCUGUACAUGUGGGUGUAAAUGCUGUUAAAUGACAAACCCAAUAUUAUACUGUGGCUGGUGAACUAUUUUCAUCCUCAGUGCUGUACAGAUCUAUUUUCAUUGUAUAUUUGAUAUAUUUUUAAUUUUGUAGCGUGUGCUGGGCCGGGCCUCAGCCGCCAGCCUGCAGGAGAGGCUGGGCGGGGGCCACCUGCUUGCUCACUGUGGGCUCUGUUGCACUUGUUGAGGCCUUCGCCGUGGGCCGGGCCCUGUCCUGGCUGCAUCUUUGCCAUGUGUUAGACGUAGGGCCCAGAGCUUGGGGUGCGUGCGUGCGUGUGUGUGUGCGCGUAUGGUGUGUGCACAUGUGGGUGUGGCUACGUGUAGGGUGCUGAUUUGUGACUCCCUGUGUUCACCACCUUCCUGCCCUUCUUCCUCCUCUCAGCCAGGUAGGGUGAGACCUCAGCGUGGGGUCCCCCGGGGGAGCUCCUGCUAUGGGGAGAGGCAUGAACUCUGUGCUGGUGACUCAGUGUCUCCCAGUCCCCUUCCACCUCGCUGGAGGUGCCAGAAACCAGAAGGAGGGCCUUGGCAGGCAGUGGCCAAAUGCCUUUGGCUGUUCCCAGUGGACUCACAGGCUGCCCUUGGGGAGGAAAGGGUCGGUCUUGACCCUUCAGUGGACAGCUCUACUCGUUCUUCAGGGGAGCCCAGGGCAGAUGGGGGCACCCAACUUGCUGCGAUCCUGGAGGGGCAGGAGGUGGCUGGGGAGGGCCAGGCUCCUGUGUCCCUGUCCCAGUCCCCUCUAGCCCCACUGGCUUUGGUGCUGUCCGUGCAGUGCAAACCAGGAGGCAGAGGGGAUGCCAUGGUCGUGUGUCACCCCACAUGGGCAGGGCAGGGACAGGGCCAGGACUAAAAGGGUGCCCCGACCCUUGACCCCUGGCCCUGCCUGCCUUCCAGCCCCAGUCACCAGCUUCUGGCCCAGGGAGCCAGAGGUAAGGGGAGUAGACAGGUGGGGCACACUAGAUAACGCCAGGGAGGGUGGCUUCUACCCUCCAGCAAUAAAUCUGCACGGACUGCUGCUUUCCCAGUGCCAGGGGCGCCCCUUGAGUCAGCCUGCAUAGGCCACAGGCUGGGGGUCCUGGGCCCUGUGCGGGCCUGCAGUAUCCCCAGGCAGGGGGCUGCUCUCUGCCCUUGCUCCCAGCUGCACACGCCCUGCCCGAGGACUCCCCACUGUGGAAAAGAGAAGCAAGACUGAACAGGUUGGACUGCACCUGCCCCGCGUGCAGCAUUGAAACACAGGGGUCAGGUGUCCCUUUACUGGGGCCUGAUGCCUGGUACUGGGGGCAGAGGGCCCGGGCUCCCUUCUCAUCACAAGUUCUGCUUUGUAUAGACCCAAGCACACUUGCCAGGCCAUCACUCUGGGUUCAGAACAGAUCAAGUCCAUGGCUGAUCAGAGUCCUGGGUCAGAACCACUCAGCCCAGGGGAGAGGACGAGGCACUGUCACCCCCCAGGGCCCCUCUUUCCUCUCUCCCUCACCAUGGUGUACAAUAAAGUGUCUGUUCUUACCAACCA